UCCUGUGGCCAUUUGGAGGAAAUGUGAGGAGAAAUUGGAUCUGAGAGGGGAAAGGGGCUAUUAAUUUGGACCUCUUUUGGCUUGGUCGUGUUGGCACUUGGAAAGAUGGAUGGAAAUCCUAAAUGAAAGAAAAUCAGGAUGGGCAAAUGAGGGCAUCAAGGAGGGAAGAUGGAAGAAGGGACAAGUUUAGGGACAAUUGAAGGAUCCUUGUAAUCUAGGGAUCAAGGAUGAGCGCAAGAGACAAUUUCAAAAAACGCAAAACGCAAUGCCUCACCCCUGCUAGGGAUCCUUGUCUAGUGAUCUUUGAAGGGUCUGUAAUAAUCCCUAAACUAGGAACUCUUCAAGGAUUCCUAGAUUUAAACGAUAGACUGGAGAUAAGCCCUGUUAUACUCUUUUCUAUUUUAAAAGCUGUUGGGUUGCGCCAAAAAAUUUUUCAGGAAAAAGAGAAAAAUGAUAGUAGAGAGAAAUCAAAGAAGGGCAAAAAUGAGCAGUACAAUGACCAGGCAUCCAAAAAGCUUUAUAUAUUUAUUUAUUUGAUAGUAAAAGCUAGGAGAAGAAGCGUUGGGGGGAAGAAAUAA